AGACCAGACUGUACCCUUUUCGGGUUCUGGAAUAUUGAUGGUGCCAUUCAAGUGAUGCGAGAAGAAAAAUCCCUGGAAAGCACCCCUUUUGUCGACGCGCGAAAUUCGGGUCAUUGGCAUUGGAACCGAGCUGCAUCGUAUACAUAAGACCCUCUUUACGAUUUCUUCUGCACAAGAUGAAACGACUCGCGUCAGCUACGUUUUUGGCUUUUCUUGCGCUGUCCCGCCCAAUCUAUUGCACAUCUCGGAGGCAACAGGUCUUCCAACAUCUUGCACCGUUCGUGAAGUUGGAUGAUUGGAUAUUCACCGGCAUAUUCUUUGACGAUACGGCACAGUUCUUGGGUAUUCCGUUUGCUCAACCCCCCGUCGGGAGCCUUCGCUUUCAGGUCCCUCAGCCAUUGGCUCCUUAUGAAGGUGAACACAGUGCAGCUGACUAUGGUCCGGCCUGCCCCCAACAGGGGUCAUCAACUAAGAGAGGAAUUAUUCCGUCAAGUGAAGAUUGUCUUACGUUAAAUGUCUUCACUCCUGCUGACAUGUUCCCUGGGUCGAAACUGCCCGUGAUCGUGUACGUAUUUGGAGGUGGUUUCGAGACAGGUAAUAGUCGAUCGUAAGUUAUUCGGCAUCCUGGUGUAUUACGCAAGUAGUACCCAUUUGCUGGUAACUCACUGCUCGAGUGUCUUACUUACCCUGUAGAGACAUAUUAAUGGAAUAACCUUAUCCAGCAUGUCAAUAUUUGCCUAACGAGAGUAAGUAAUGUAUGUACGAUAAAAGUUCGC